CGGCGGGAAGGAAGAUGGCGGCGAACCUGAGCAAAGCUAAGGUUAUGGGUUCGUGUAUUAAUGGGCAUCUAAACAAGAACGACACUGCGAUGUCGGAUUCAGGCUCAAAUCCAGAUAAAGUUGUCAUUCUAGAUGCCGGAGCACAGUAUGGGAAGGUUAUUGAUCGUAGAGUAAGAGAGUUGUGCAUUGAAUCAGAAAUGUUGCCACUAGACACCUCUAUAUUUACUAUGCAAGAAAAAGGUUACAAAGCAAUAAUAAUAUCAGGCGGCCCAGGAAGUGUGUAUGCUGAAGACGCUCCAAAAUAUGACCCUGCUAUUUUUACUCUUGGGAUCCCUGUGUUAGGAAUAUGCUACGGAAUGCAGAUGUUAAACAAAGAGUUUGGAGGAACAGUUGUUAAAAAAGAUGAAAGAGAAGAUGGUGUAUUCAAGAUCACUGUGAAGCCAUCAUGCCCCCUCUUCAAGGGACUUGAUGCAGACCAAGAGGUUCUACUUACACAUGGAGACUCGAUUGAUAAAGUAGCUAAUGGUUUAAAAGUAACUGCUAAAUCUGGAAACAUCGUUGCUGGAAUUGAACAUGAGUCAAAGAAACUUUAUGGAGUUCAGUUUCAUCCGGAAGUAGAUUUAACUUUAGAAGGAGCAACCAUUUUCAAAAAUUUUCUUUAUGGGAUUGCUGGUCUUUGUGGUACAUACACUGUUGAGAGUAGGCUACAGUCCUGUCUUAGAGAGAUUAAGCAGACAGUAGGCAACAAUAAAAUAUUGGCAUUGUUGAGUGGUGGUGUAGAUUCAACAGUAUGUGCUGCUCUGCUUCAUAAGGCUCUGGGUGUAGAUAAGGUGGUUGCUGUACAUAUAGACAAUGGAUUCAUGAGAAAGCAAGAAAGCCAGCAAGUACAAGAAUCUCUUAAAUGUCUUGGCUUGAAGCUCAAAGUUGUAAAUGCUGCGAUAGAGUUCUACAAUGCAUCUACUGUGAUAUCAGGAAGAAAAGACCAACCUGCUGUCAAGAAACAGCUCACAAAGACACUCAACCUGACCAUCAAUCCUGAAGAGAAAAGAAAAAUCAUUGGAGACACUUUUAUGAAGGUGGCAGAUGAUGUUGUUAAAGAAUUAAAGCUAGAUACCAGCACAACAUUCCUUGCCCAAGGAACACUUCGACCGGACUUGAUUGAAAGUGCAUCUCACUUAGCCAGCUCCAAGGCUUGUGCCAUCAAGACACAUCACAAUGAUACAGAAAUAGUACGAAUCCUAAGAGAAUCGGGUCGUGUAGUUGAACCACUCAAAGAUUUCCACAAAGAUGAAGUUCGGCAGUUGGGUAUAGAACUUGGUUUACCUCAAAGUAUAGUACAAAGACAUCCAUUUCCAGGUCCUGGCUUAGCCAUCCGUGUGAUAUGUGGAGAAGAACCAUACCAAGGCAAUGAUUUCGCAGAAACAAACAUUGUACUUGGACAAAUAGUGGACUUUGCAGCUGCUGUGUUGAAGCCGCAUUCCCUUCUUCGUCGCGUCAAGAACAGCACCACAGAAGAGGAACGCGAUGUCUUGAUGCAAAUCACUAGCAAGUUCAAAAUCAUCGCAACCUUGUUACCCAUCAAGUCAGUGGGUGUCCAGGGAGAUGGCCGAACAUAUAGCUAUGUAGUGGCUCUGUCCAGUAAUGAUCAUCCCGACUGGCCGUCACUCAUGUUUAUGGCUAGAAUCAUCCCUAAAGUUUGUCAUAAUAUUAACAGAAUAUGUUAUGCGUUUGGAAAGAGAAUCAAAUAUCAGAUACAAGAUAUCACACCAACUUACCUAUCGCUAGGCGUUUUGAGCCAACUACGUCAGUGUGAUCACGUGGCACAUUCAGUUCUCAGUGAAAAUGGCUGUCUGCUGAAUAUUAGUCAGAUGCCAAUAGUCUCGAUACCAGUUCACUUCGACCGAGACCCGAUCGACCACAUUCCUUCUUGUCAGCGGUCUAUGGUCAUUAGGACUUUUAUUACUAAUGAUUUUAUGACGGGUAUUCCUGCUACUCCAGGGCAACACCUUCCACUAGAGGUCGUUCAGGAAAUGGUAGCCAAGAUUGGCAAAGUCCAGGGUGUGUCACGUGUUCUCUACGAUCUAACCGCAAAGCCUCCUGGGACAACUGAGUGGGAAUAGCGAAUGAACUCUUGAUGAAUCAAAGAGAUUCAUCAACGGAGAUCGACGGGACUAGAAUAUAGUGACAAAUUUUAUCACAAAUCUACAUUUCCAUUUUUAAGAUAAUUCUUGCAGAAAUUAUCAUCGUCAUAUCAUCGCUUUUUCCAAGUGCAAAGAAAGAUUGUAAUAGCCUCGUAGCGAAAAGGACUGUGGGAGUAAAUUCAGGGUAUCAUGAUGGCGAAGCUUUGAUAUAACCCCCCUAUUCAAUCCCACAAUCCUAUGCUCUACGAGGUCAUUACAAUAUUUCUUUGGACUUCGAAGAGGUGCCUUCAAGGCGCGGACACACGGUGCAACAUUACGCUGAAGUAGGAUAGUUUUCAACUUCAGCAACGUUGCGUGCAACAAAUUGCGUCGUGUGUCAUGGCUUGCAACAUCAAUUGCAUGCAACAUUGCGAGCCUCUUUCACAGCCCCGCAACGACGUAUUGUUUUUAAGAAAAAUAAUCUUACAUAUUAUUAUUGAUUCCUGUGUAUUUUAAGGCUAGCAUUUUGUUUUGCGACUUAUAGAGUGCAUCCUAUAUAUCCGUGAAAAAGUAAACUAACAAAACUGUACAAAUUAGCGCAAAGUUUUGUAAGCCUACAGUUAACUGGGGUCUAUCGAACUUACUAAUUUGUGCAGAUUUGUAGAUUUUCUUACAAAGUUUUUCACAAAUAUAUGGUAUGAACUCGAUCGAACAAAGGACUUGGUGAGAUUGUAUUCAGGGCAAUCUUUAGGAAUGCUUUUUUUCUAAAAGGCCUUUGCCAUUCCUCUGCUCAGAGUGAGGGGUUUUAAUGAAGUAUGUUUUGUAGCAAUUUUCGAUAAAAAUUUGUAGUUAACUAAAAGCAAUUGAGUUAGAUCUCGAUUGAUUAUAAAAUUCCUAAGAUUCAAAUCAGUCCUUUGAUCGAUUAUUUUCCCGCCAAAAAGCCCUGGGGUCCAUCACAUGAUAUUUAUAGAACCCCAAGAGUAGUUUAAGAUUGAGUUGUAAUUAGAAUAUUUGAAUAAAGUUCGUACAAGCUAGCUCUUUA